AUGGAGAGUUAUGUUGUGCAACUAGAACGCCAUACAGCUUCUGGAUACUGUUACUUUAUGCCCGAAGGCCAUGCGUUAUAUGGCAUGCGCCUUCGCCACCAAGCCGAUGGCCCAGAGGACCGACUGCCGGCUUUGCAUAACGAAAAUGCCGGUAUUGACUCAGAUGUGGAUACAGAUUACGAUUUCGAGCUGGGAAGUGUCCCAACAUAUCAUAUUGAUAAUCCCUCCGAUGAAGAAGAGAAUUAUGGGAACGCCUGUAAUUUGAUCGGCGCUAGAGUUCGUGAAUUAAUUGUCCGUGAAGUCCAUGAUGAGGAGAUCAUGCAGUCGCUUUUCGAGGUUUUGGCCAAUGCAUUAGCCUGCAUGCCCUCGGUAUGGUAG